UCUCACUCUCACUUCACAACUACUCAACACAUCUCUCUCUCUGUCUCUCUAUCUUUAGAAACAAGAAGGCGAAAAUGGGUAGUCGAAUUCAGUCGCACCAGCUGAGCAAUGGGCUGUACGUGUCGGGUCGACCCGAGCAGCAGCAGAAAGAUAAGCCCACAAUGGGUUCACGCGCCGUCCCCUACACCGGCGGCGACGUCAAGAAAUCCGGCGAGCUCGGCAAGAUGUUCGAUAUCCAAAUUCUCGAAGGCCCGGGCCCACACCCACCUCCGUCUUUGAAAUCCUCACGCCCGUCAACAAGCGGGUCGCUCCGAUCCGGAUCCGGGUCCACCUCCGGCCCACUGAGCUCCAAGCACACAACUUCCUCCGGCCCAAUGACGAGAAAGUCCUCUGGGCCCAUGCCGCUCCAGCCCACGGGCUUAAUCACCUCCGGCCCGCUCGGAUCAUCAACUGGGCGUCGGUCGGGUCAUCUGGACUCCGGGUCCGGGUCCGGGCCGGGAAAACCGAGCUACGGUGCGGCCGUGACGAGCUUGGGUUCGGGGGCGGAGGUGAGGGUGGGGAUUGGGGUGUCGAAGGCGGCUGUUUGGGUGUUUGUGGUGGCGGUGGCGAUGGGGUUGCUGAUUGGGGCGUUCCUGAUGGUGGCGGUGAAGAAGGCGGUGGUGCUGGUGGCGGUGGGAGGAGUGGUGGUGCCGGUGGUGGCGGUGGCGGUUUGGAAUUGCCUCUGGGGGAAGAGAGGGUUAGUAGGGUUCGUGAGAAGGUACCCCGAUGCUGAGCUUCGAGGUGCUCUUGAUGGACAGUUCGUCAAGGUCACUGGGGUUGUUACUUGUGGUAGUAUUCCUUUGGAGUCAUCCUACCAAAGGGUACCAAGGUGUGUAUAUGUGUCCACAGAACUCUACGAAUACAAGGGAUUGGGUGGAAAAUCUGCAAAUCCUAAACACCAUUGCUUGUCGUGGGGAUCUAGACAUUCAGAGAAAUAUGUGGCUGACUUUUACAUAUCAGACUUCCAAUCUGGGUUAAGAGCAUUAGUAAAGGCUGGUUAUGGGGCUAAAGUUGCUCCAUUUGUAAAACCAGCAACUGCAGUUGAAGUCACAAAAGAAAACAAGGACUUAUCUCCAAGCUUUUUACGUUGGCUAGCUGACCGCAGCCUCUCUAGUGAUGACCGUAUAAUGCGCCUCAAAGAAGGGUAUAUCAAAGAAGGGAGCACUGUAAGUGUAAUGGGGGUUGUUCGACGCCAUGAUAACAUACUUAUGAUUGUUCCACCUUCAGAACCUGUCUCAACAGGCUGUCAGUGGGUCCGCUGCCUUCUCCCUACCUAUGUUGAAGGAUUAAUUUUGACAUGUGAUGAUAAUCAAAAUGCUGAUGUGGUUCCUGUGUAAA